UUUUUUUUGCCUGAGGCGGAGCGUUGACUGCAACGCACCGGAAGUGGCCCGCUGGGAGACCCGCAGGAGCGGCGGAGACGUGUCGGGCAGGGGCACGCUGGGAGCGCUUCCCCAGGUUUGUGGGCUGGGAAAGCCGCAGCAAGGUGACUCGCCACAUAUCCCUCUCGGGGCCAGCAGGCCAGCAGCGUGGGGCGGCGACGACGGCGACGGCCGGGGCUGGGAGCGCUGGGGGCCGGGGUCCCAGCCAUGACCGAGUCUGUGGAACGGCUGCAGCAGCGGGUUGAAGAGCUGGAGCGGGAACUGGCCCAGGAGAGAAGUCGCCGCGCCCUGGGAAGCGGCGACGGAGGAGGCGGUCGGGCCCGCAUCGAAAAGAUGAGCUCCGAGGUGGUGGAUUCCAACCCCUACAGCCGCCUGAUGGCUUUAAAACGAAUGGGAAUUGUGAGCGACUAUGAGAAAAUCCGUACCUUUACUGUAGCAAUAGUAGGUGUUGGUGGAGUUGGCAGUGUGACUGCUGAAAUGCUGACACGAUGUGGCAUUGGUAAGUUGCUACUCUUUGACUAUGACAAGGUGGAACUGGCCAAUAUGAAUAGACUUUUCUUCCAACCUCAUCAAGCAGGAUUAAGUAAAGUUCAAGCAGCAGAACAUACUUUGAGGAACAUUAAUCCUGAUGUUCUUUUUGAAGUACACAACUACAAUAUAACCACAGUAGAAAACUUUGAACAUUUCAUGAAUAGAAUAAGUAAUGGUGGAUUAGAAGAAGGAAAACCUGUUGACCUAGUUCUUAGCUGUGUGGAUAAUUUUGAAGCUCGAAUGACAAUAAAUACAGCUUGUAAUGAGCUUGGACAAAUAUGGAUGGAGUCUGGGGUCAGUGAAAAUGCAGUUUCAGGGCAUAUACAGCUCAUAAUCCCUGGAGAAUCGGCUUGUUUUGCGUGUGCUCCACCACUUGUAGUUGCUGCAAAUAUUGAUGAGAAGACUCUGAAACGAGAAGGUGUUUGUGCAGCCAGUCUUCCUACUACUAUGGGAGUGGUUGCUGGGAUCUUGGUACAAAAUGUGUUAAAGUUUCUGUUAAAUUUUGGUACUGUUAGUUUUUACCUUGGAUACAAUGCAAUGCAGGAUUUUUUCCCUACUAUGUCCAUGAAGCCAAAUCCUCAGUGUGAUGACAGAAACUGUAGGAAGCAACAGAAGGAAUAUAAGAAAAAGGUAGCAGCACUGCCCAAACAGGAGGUAAUUCAAGAAGAAGGAGAAAUAAUACAUGAAGACAAUGAGUGGGGUAUUGAGCUGGUAUCUGAGAUUUCAGAAGAGGAACUGAAAAAAUCUUCAGGUCCAAUCCCUGACUUACCUGAAGGAAUUAUAGUGGCAUAUACAGUUCCCCAAAAGCAAGAAGAUUCUGUACCUGAAGUAACAGUAGAAGAUUCUGGUGAAAGCUUGGAAGACCUUAUGGCCAAGAUGAAGAACAUAUAAAUAAUGGACUGGCCUAUAUUUUAUUUCCUGUGUUUAAACCUAUUCCCUUGCAAUUAAAAAAAUCAUUUAAAAACUGAGAAAACUUAAGGGAACAUCAAUUGAUGUGUAAUCUUCACUGAAUUGUUAUUAACUUUUUGGAAAUACUGUAACUGUUGCUUGUUGCUCCCCUCUUUCAACUAAAUCAGAAACUCUCUUAAAACUCAUAUUUCAUUAUAGUAAGAAAACUUAAAGGAUUAUUGUAGGUUAGCCAUUGAACUGUUUUGACCUUUUGUGGGGGGCAGUGAGAAGAAAGGACCAAUUUGCUGGUAUAUUCCUUUUCUUUUCAGUAAUCCUUUGUAGUCUGUUGCCUGCGGCCAUGGACAAUAGAAUAGUGUGUGAUCACAUAUAGGGAAAGAACAAGAGGUACAGCAUGUUGAUUAUUUAAGCCAGUGGGCACAUACUCAUUGUGUUUGGAAUUGCUCUCUAUAAGAAAAUUGCCCACUACUACUAACUUGAGCAACAGUGAAUUUCAAGUUGUAAACCUAUAAAAUAAAAACAUCCUCUCAAAUGUUUCCUGAUGAAAUAUAAGCUGAAAUGUAGGCACUGGAAAAGUGUGUAAACUUGUGACAUAUAUAAUCUAAGCAAGACAGAGGCAAAUAAAAAGAAGCUUCCUUCAUGGAUAGACAGGUAAAGAUAUUUUCAGGAUGUACAAAUUGUAUUUGUGCACUGAAAGUGAAAGUGAAGUCGCUCAGUCAUGUCCGACUCUUUGCGACCCCAUGGACACCAGGCUCCUCCGUCCAUGGGAUUUUCUAGGCAAGAGUACUGGAAUGGGUUGCCAUUUCCUUCUCCAGAGAAUCUUCCUGACCCAGGGAUCGAACCCAGGUCUCCAGCAUUGUAGAGAGACACUUGACCGUCUGAGCCACCAGGGAAGUCAGCAUAUCAUCUGUCUGAGUCAGUGUGCUUUAUUGAGGCGCAAAAGAUAAAUUUAGGCUUAAGAUCACCUAAAUUAUACCCAUCAUAUGGGCUACCUUCUAAUACUUUAUUUUAUUGAAAUUUGAUUCCCUGGGUAAUUAGUUACUGGCAAAGGCUUGUCCUGGGUAGCAGAUAAUAAAUGAAGCCUAAAUUACCUCUGCAAUGACUGACAUGUAUUUCUUCACAGGGAAGAGUAUCAUUUUCCCUGAUCAUUGUAAUUUGAUAAACUGCUUUUCUCUGGAGUUUGCAUACAAAUAAUGAAGGCUUAGAGAGCCUUGGUUAAAGUAAAUUUCUAAUGGUUUGGAGACUAAUAAACAUGCAUGGGUAACCAUUAUUGGUAGGCUGUUACUGUGCUUGUCUCCUAUUUUGAUGAUUUUUUUGCUUUGAAGAGAGAAUGUCUAAAUUCUAGGGGAAAAUGUAAUUAAAAAGUUUCAAGUACCUUUCCUACUUAUGAAAUAAGAUUCUACAAACUAAUUUCAGAAAGCUCCAAAUAUCAAAUAUGUUUAAUAUAUUAGUUUUGAGAUUUUAGGGUACUGUGAUUCUUAUGUUUACAGUAAUGUCAGGAUAUAUGGGGAUAGCUUUCUAGUCUUGAAACGUAUUUAUGUUGCCUUGCUAGGUCAUUGCAGUUAUUUUAAAAGUUUAGUAUAUUCAUCUGUAAAAUAACUUUUCUAGUUCAUAGAGAUGCUUUGAAUUUCAGAAAAGAAAUGCAGUCUUUCUAAAUAACAUUCCUUUGGUACACUAAUUUGGUAUAGGCUAUACUUACAAGUUUAAGUUUAUAUAGUUUGAUAAAUAGCUAGAACCUACCAUCUUUAAAAAAAAUUUUUUUAUUGAUGUAUAGUUGAUUUACAAUGUUGUGUUUAUGUUCAGGUGUGCAGCAAAGUGAAUCAGUUAUACAUAUUAGAACCUACUAUCAUCUAAAGAUUUUUUUUUCUGUUCUUAAUUUGUACCCUGCUGGUAUCUUAUAUUUUAUAAAAUCUUAUCUGAUUUUUUUCUUAUAUCUUCCAUUAAAGUUAUUAUUUUAGCAGAAAAAAUCUGGUAACAAAUAUCUUUUGUAAUCUAGAGUGCUCUCUUGACAAGUCUGUAUGUCAUGAAAAUUUGUAUAUGUAGACAGCUGACCAUGAGAAAUUAAUCAUCAUUGGAUUUUACGUUACUAAAUAAACCCAUAGUGUUUGACCAGA